GUCUCCUACACAAUAAUUCCUAUGGCCGACGAACUACAAAUUUCAAGAGGUGGCUGGAAAUCUGCCAUCUUCAUCAUUUUUGUGGAGGUGGGGGAGCGAUUUGCAUACUAUGGAGUGAGCGGCAACCUGUUCAUGUACCUGACCAAGGUGCUUGGCCAGCCCACGGCCACCGCCGCCAAGAAUGUGAACACGUGGCAAGGCGUCUCCGCCAUUUUCCCGGUGGUGGGCGGUUUUCUGGCGGACUCUUACGUUGGCCGUUACAGGACCAUCCUUAUUGCCUCCGUCACCUACCUCGUUGGUCUGAUUUUGCUGACGGCGAGCGUGGUCGCAGUCCCCGUGCACCUCCGGCAGACGGUUUUCUUCACAGCACUGUACAUUUUAUCAGUGGGAGAAGGCGGGCACAAGCCCUGCGUCCAGACCUUCGCGGCCGACCAAUUCGAGGAGAGAGAAAAGAGCUCCUUCUUCAAUUGGUGGUACGUGGGGAUCGUGGCCGGCGCCACGCUGGCAGUCCUGGUAGUCAUCUACGUGGAGGAUUACAUCGGUUGGGGCCUCGGCUUCGGAAUUUUAACUUCAGUGGUAGCCGCUGCUCUCCUCCUAUUUCUCGCCGGAAGCCGGACCUACCGCCGCCAGGCCCCCGUCGGUAGCCCCCUCACCCGGGUCGCCCAGGUGGUGGUUGCCGCCGCCCGAAAAAGGCACUUGCCGUUUUCGGGCAGUGGUGUUUUCGAGAAUGGAAAUCAUGAGUCAAGUGACCACCACUUGAGAUUCUUAGACAAAGCCUCGUGCAUCGACGAAAAAGAUGAGUCUCCGAGCCCGUGGAGGCUAUGCACGGUGACCCAAGUCGAGGAGGCGAAGCUCGUCUUCCAGCUUGUCCCCAUAUGGCUCAGCUGCCUCACGUUCGCCGUCGUCUUCACGGGCUUCGCCAUCCUCGCCAGCGUCGUGCUCUACGAGCGGGCGCUCGUGCCGCUCGCCCGGCGCCUCACGGGCCGCCCGUCAGGGAUAACGGUGCUGCAGCGCAUCGGGAUUGGGCUGGCGCUGUCGGCGCUGGCCAUGGCCGUGGCAGCGUGCGUGGAGUCGAGGCGCGUGCGGACUGCUGACGAGAAUGGGCUGCUCGACAGCCCGGGGUCGGUGGUCCCCAUGGCGGCCUGGUGGCUGGUCCCGCAGUACGUGCUGGUUGGGGUGUCGGAUGCGUUUGCGGUGGUGGGGAUGCAGGAGCUGUUUUACGAGGAGAUGCCGGUUGGGAUGAGGAGUAUAGGGGCCGCGGCUUAUGUUACGGUUACGGGGGUCGGGAGUUUUUUGAGUACGGGUUUGAUUGCGGUGGUGCAGGGGGUUAGUGGGGAUGGGUGGCUCGGGGAUAAUAUUAAUAGGGCGCGGGUGAACGACUUUUAUUGGCUUCUGGCGGGGAUGAGUGUGGUCAAUUUGUGUGGCUAUGUGUUUUUGGCAAGGAGGUUUGUGUAUAGUAGUAGUAGGAGGAGUAAUGGGCUUCAUUUACAGGCUAAGGUCUAGUGCUCUGCUACUGCAUCCGUUAUAUAUAUGUAUAUGUACGCGUUCGCCUGUCUGGAAUUAAUAAGACGUCUAAUGUUUCUAUUAAUUAGAUAUGGUUUAAUGUCAUGUUAUAAAUUUUG